GCAGUAGAGUCUUGCGCACGCUUGGAAAUCUCGCGACAUCUGCACGCGCGGAGCACUAAAGCGCUGCUGUGUCAACACCCCGCGCGCACACAUCGCUCCUCAGCCUGCCGAGAAAUUCACUCUUCUGCGAUGAGACUAUGAUGAAUGCAGUCUGGGCUGUCAAUAGUGUAAUGGAGUUGAGGUGAGAAUGGCACUUUAUCAGUCAAAAUCAACCAAAAUGGGAAAAUCGAGACUGUUCCGCAUUUUUAUGAUAGUGGGUGCCAUCUUCAUGAUCCUUCUUAUAAUCAUAUACUGGGAUGAUGUGGGGGCCUCAAAUUUUUACCUGCACACAACCAUCUCUGGACCCCAUCCGUCACGACUCUCUCCACAGAGCCGUCGUGACCCAGAAAAGAAAGUAGAGGAAGACAAAGAGGGCUCGUUUUUGACAGACAUUGAUGCUUUUGUAAACCAGUUUUUAGAAGGAACCGCAGACCCCACGGAACAGGUGAGAGGAGAACCACCCCCUGGAGACCCCCACAAUCAGUCCUCUGAGAAAUCAGAGGAGAAAUUUGUCCCGAGGCGAGAGUGGAAGAUCCAUCUGACGCCAAUUGACCCUGAGAAAAAACAAAGGCAGGAGAGUAGAAAGCAGCUGAUCCAAGAUGUGUGCAGUAACAAAAGUUACUUUGACUUCCCCGGAAAGAACAGGACUUUUGACGACAUACCCAAUAAAGAGUUGGAUCACCUCAUCGUGGACGACAGGCAUGGGAUCAUUUACUGUUAUGUUCCCAAGGUGGCCUGCACAAACUGGAAGCGCAUCAUGAUCGUGCUGAGCGAGAGCCUGUUAUUGGACGGGGUGCCCUACCAAGACCCUCUAGAUGUUCCUCAGGAGCUCAUCCACAACAGUAGCCUGCACUUCACCUUCAACAAGUUCUGGAAGCGUUAUGGAAAGUUCUCAAGACACCUCAUGAAAAUCAAGCUCAAGAAAUAUACCAAGUUUUUGUUCGUCAGGGAUCCCUUCGUGCGACUGAUCUCUGCCUAUCGCAACAAAUUCGAACAAGAGAACGAGGACUUCUACAAAAGAUUCGCAGUCAUCAUGUUGAGGAAAUACAGCAAUUACACGGAUCCACCGGCGUCGGUCGUGGACGCUUUCGCUGCUGGGAUUCGUCCGUCUUUCUCCAAUUUCGUUCAGUAUUUAUUGGAUCCUAACACUGAGAAAGAGAUGCCUUUCAACGAGCAUUGGAGACAAAUUUACCGUCUGUGCCAUCCCUGCCAGAUAAAUUAUGAUUUCGUGGGGAAGCUGGAGACCUUGGAUGAAGACGCUGAGCAUUUGUUGCGGAUUCUCCGUGUUGACAAUGUCGUUGAGUUCCCCCGAAGUCAUCGCAACCAAACGGUCAGCAGCUGGGAGCAGGACUGGUUCGCCAGCAUACCCUUGGAGUCCAGAAAAGAGCUGUAUAGGCUAUAUGAAGCCGACUUUAAACUGUUUGGAUAUUCCAAACCAGAGAAACUGGUACAUGAGUGAUACGCUUAUCGCCAACUUUACUGCGGUGAUGACAAGAUUUUCACACAAGGAACUGGGCAAUAGGAGCACCUUCUGCUUGGUUCUUAAUGUGCGGCUCUCUUACAUGAUGCUGUUUAUAAAGGCCCUUUCACAUGACCAGAUGUUUGGCUAGUUCACAUGGUCCAGUAGGUAGAUACUCAGAUUGAAUCAUCUGCUUCCUAAAAGCAUCUUUCUCCAUUGACAGCUUUAAGUGCGGCACCAAACACAUGAAUGAAGAAUUCGUUUCAACAACUUAAUUUGUUCCCUCAUUUUAGUUAAAUUGUGGCCACUGAUCUAUAAUAGAAAAGUGAAAGUCAUUAAAGUGAAGCCACGCGUCGCCAUAUUGCUAAUCCCUAAUAUUCCCAUACAUUCCAUUGAAUUAAUAGGAAAUCGUACGAAUUUAACGAUAAAAACAUCAUCUAAUAAAUUUGUGUUUUUAAAUUUGAAGCCUCUCUGUACAUUCUUACAAUGCAAACACAAUAGGUAUGUAAACGGUUAUUUUUAUUAAUGUCAAAAAUUUUCCCUACUUAUUUAAUAGCUACGUUUAUUGCAGUAGCGAACAUUAUGAACAUGAUAAUCAUCAGACAGACACGACCUCAACAUAUACAUAACAAAUAACAAAGUGCUCAUUCUGAAAUCUGAAGAAAGAUUUAUGCUUUGUAUACACACAUACCUUUAUUCGCCUUGUACAGUUAUUAAUUGUUUAUAUAUGUAUUUUUAAAGUGUUUUUUUAUUCGUACAGUAGGUGCUAACUGCAAAUGUUUCAACAAUAAUUUCAUUAACACCAUACAUUUUGAAGCAGGUAAUGAUUUAAACGGUGGUUAAAUUAAUUAUUUAUUUAUCAUACAACAUUUUACAUGGUAACGGUAAUGCUAGUAAACAUUUGCGCAAUCAUGGAGGGUCUGAAAUAGAUCAAUCAGGACAUUAAAAAUAUACACAUCAUAAUUUAUUCAAAUAAAUAACUGAUGACAUACAGUAUGGACAUGAAGCUUUAUUUCAAGAUGUAAAGUUAAGCUUUUCAUUUCAGUAUAGACCAAUAUAGUAACAGAGGCUAUUGUAUUAUUCAUUGUAUAUUCAUUUUAAUUUCUGAUACUAAUACAUUCAUGUUUAAUAAUUAAUAAUUCCUGAUCAAUUGCAUACAUAAAGAAAUAGGCUAUAUUUUGUGUUGGAUCAGUUACCUGUGCCGGCAGUGCGCAGCAUACACACCCACCUAAACGGUUUAAAUAUAUCGCUUAUACUGCCCAAAAAGACCAUAACAUCUGAAGUGAAAAUUCAUUUACAUACACAUAACACAAAAACGAAUCCCGUUGACUGAUUUGCUUCAAAUCGGUGAUCUUUAGGUCAGCGGUUUGCCUGUAACUCAAUGGUGCUCUCUGCUGGUAGGCAUUAGUAAGAUGGCGGAUCGAACACUUCCGGUUGGCGGUUUAACACGCGAUGAGCGAUGCAGUCAUAUAUAGAUCAGUGAUUGUGGCCAUGUUCUACUAAUUUGUUUCCUUGUUCGAUUGUGGCCACGAUUGAACUAAAUUCAAAUGAGGGAAGGAAUUAGUUAGCCAUGAUUGAACUAAAACAAAUGAACUAAGUAAUACAUGGCCAUGAUUUAGCUGAACUAAAAUGAGCAAAUAAUUUAAUACAAAGUGGCAACAAUUCAAAAAUAAAAUAAUUGUGUGAAAUAGUACACCAUAGCCAUGAUUGAAAUAAAAUGAGAGAAUGAAUGAGUACAACUUGGCCAAAAAUUAAUAUGUUGAGGGAACGAUUUUCUUACGUUGUGGCCAUGAUAUACAUUUUUCUAUCGCAAAGAUUGUAGGCGAUGUUUUAGCAGUGCCUGUUUUUUUGUUUUGUUUUUUGCUUCCUCUGAAUUAUAUUUUGAGGGCUCUUAAAGCCAUAAUAUGGACAUGGUUGUUCAUUUCUUCCCCCUUUGCUGCUGCCUUUUUCCUCAGAGCUCAGUCAGCUAUUCGGCUGCUAUGCUAUGAUCUUACAGCUCAGGUAAUUGGCUAAAAACAUGCUGAAAGUAAAGUUGAUCAAUAAUUAAUGGGAAAAGCAUGAAAAGCAUGGCUGACUGUCCCACUGGCACUUUGAAUAGAUCAGCGAUAAAUGGUGCAGUAAACUUAAUUUUGGUGUUGCGAUAGUCCUGAGGGUAAUAUUGAGUCAUGUGAAAGAGCCUUUAGGCCUUUGUGGAGCUUGUAGUCAUUGAAAGAAAUACUGUAGUGAAUACACAUUCCUUGCACACAGGUUUCCCCAGUAUCCUAUUAAAUGUGUUAGUCUUAUUCGUAUGGACCUUAUGGACAAUAUGAGAGACAUUUUGAUGGAUACCUACUCAAAGAAGCCUGCACAAUUUUC